CCGCGAUGUUGCGCACCCCCCUCCUCAUGGCCUCCUUGGUAGGCGCGCCCGAAGAGGGAAAGGUGUUCUGAGGGAACAGAGGCGUUGAGGUUGUUCGCCGCUUUGGGCCUUCACGGGCCCCUGGAGUGUCUGAAAGCGGUUCAGGACGAAGAGGUCGUCGUGGUGAAGACCCUUGGGGUCCUGGACCCACUUCCCUCAGGACACGUUUGAUUCGUGCCAACAGGCUGGACAAGCCCAGCGUUGUGUCGUCGUGGUGCUCGCAGAAGUCGGAUUGGUUCCGGCUGUGGCUGGACACCCCGAAUCUACUCUUCGGCACGACUUGCUGGGCGGACAACAUCAAGUUGGUGUACGACGAGCAGAACGGCGUGCUCUCGAAUAGCGCAGGCGUGGAGACGCGCGUUCCGGACUUCGGCGGCACAUCUAGCUUUGAGGAGCUUGACCCAGGGGUGCCAGGGCAUGCGACCGCGGCGUUCCGCAAGAUGGUCCAGGCUCUGACUAACGUCGGAUACGAGCGCAACGUCACGCUGCGGGGGGCCCCCUACGACUUUCGCUAUGCGCCGUCCUCGCCUGUUGGCGCCCAUUUCAUCGACGACCUCCGUGGUCUCAUCGAGGAAACUGCCCGCGCUACCGGCAAGCGCGUGGUUCUUGUGUCCCACAGCAUGGGCUGCUUGCAGGGGCUCUACCUCCUCAACCAGCAGACCCAGGCAUGGAAAGACGAAUUCAUCGAGAAGUGGAUCCCGCUUGCGGGGCCUUUUGGCGGCUCCGCCAAAGAGAUGCGCCUGCACGCCUCAGGGGAUAACCAGGGAUUGCCCGUGAGCGCCCUCAAGAUCCGAGAGGAGCAGCGCAGCUAUGAGACGAACUUCUGGCUGGCCCCAACGAGAGAAUUCGGCACCCGAGUGCUCAUCUCGACGCCAGACCGCAACUACACCAUCCUGGACGUCGACGCAUUCUUUGACGACAUCGGCUUCCCAGCCGGCAAAAGCCUCUACAGGCGUACGGAGAACCUCACGAGCGCAGUGGAAGCGCCAGGGGUCGACGUCGUCUGCAUGUACAGCCUCGGCGUGCCGACACCGACCCACUUCCAGUACGGCGCCGGCGGCUUCGACGAGGCCCCCACGGUGACGAACGGGGACGGGGACGGCACGGUCAACGAUCUGAGCCUCCGCCUCUGCGACCGGUGGGCGGAGGCCAGCGCGCGGGGGCGCACAGCCCGGGUGCAGCGGUUCUCCGGGGUGACGCACUCGGGCAUGCUCACCGACGACGGCGUGAUCAGGGCGCUUCUUGCGGAGCUUGGCCUCGAGCACCCCGCGGCAGCCGCCGAGGGCCACCUGUUCGCGUGAGCGCGCGGACCGAUGGGCCGCUGGGCCGAUGCGAACCCAGUUCUCCGACGAUCGGCCACGCGCAGAGGGGGGGUAGGGGUGAGUCGUGAGGUCUUGGUGACAUGGAAGGAAGGGUAGGCCUUUGAACGGGAGCUACAGGCGAUCGACGCUUGCGUUUUGCUCUGCUCGAUAUGGAUGGCGUUGCGAGGGCAUGCCAUCAGAACCCGCGACGUUUUUCUCCUCGAGCUCAGCCUUGCGCGACAAUCGGCGCAUCGCCGCGCACUCCCUCGCGCGAGGCGUGCACGAGACGGCCCCGCUUUGCGGCGGUCGCCGGCGCGGUCCUGUGCCACCCGUCGCGGACGUCAGCAGGCGCAGUGGUGCGAACAGCACAAGAAACAAAUCAUCCCGGCCCGCAUCUCGGUGACGUGCUUCUGG